AUGGUUUACAUGCUUUUCUCCUGUGAUGAGGAAGCCUCAGUUAAUCCAGGUGAACGUCCAUACAAAUGUCACUUGCCAGAUUGCGGUCGCGCUUUCAUUCAAUUAUCAAAUUUACAGCAACAUUUACGAAAUCAUGACGCACAAGUGGAACGUGCAAAAAAUCGUCCAUUUCACUGCAAUAUCUGCGGCAAAGGUUUUGCCACUGAGUCUAGUUUACGCACGCACACAUCGAAGGAGCUACAGCUGCAUCUUGGUGUCUUGCAGCAGCAUGCGGCAUUGAUUGGCGGCCCCAACGCUACUUCCUGCCAUGUAUGCCACAAAUUGUUCUUGGGAGCUGAUGCUUUAAUGGAGCAUAUGAAGCAUGCGCACAAGGAGAAGCCGGUACCAAGCGUUGGCAAUCCCUAUGUUGAUAACUCGGUAUCCGGUUGUAUGCAGUCAUCAUCCAGCGAACCGUAUUUGGCUAAGCGACGGACUGCCAAUCAUCCAUGUCCGGUCUGCGGAAAGCACUAUGUAAACGAGGGCUCACUGCGUAAGCACUUGGCUUGUCAUCCGGAAACAACGCAGCUAACAAAUAGUUUGCGCAUGUGGCCGUGUUCAGUAUGCCAAGCUGUAUUCACACAUGAAAAUGGUCUUCUCACACACAUGGAACAUAUGCGUAUGGAUCCUAAGCACCAAUUUGCUGCACAGUAUGUUUUAUCACGGGCAGCGGCAGAAAGAAGAGAACGUGAUUCAAUACUAGCUGCAACGCUAGCUGCCUCUGCUAGCGGAGGGUGCAGCGGAGGUGGCAAUGGAGGCAACGGCUUACUGCCUUUGAUAGGUGAUGGCGGGGGCUCGAAUUCUCUAUGUCCUUCGCCUUCAGCUAACUCGGAAUGCUCUUCGACAGGGCGCCUUUCAUCCUCUGCAGCUUCUGAGCAGGGAAGUGGUAUUCACUUACUAUCUAACAACAGCAAUAACAACAAUAAUUGCACUAGCAAUAAACUGAAUGAGCUAUUGGGUCGUACAAGUAGUAACCCUCACAUAAGCAAUCAGUAUGGGGUCGGUGUUGACACGGAUAUACACGUGGCAAAUCGCAUGUCAUUGAUGGCCGCUGCAUCAGCAGCUGCGGUAGCUGUGGCAGCUUCAGCUAGUGGCGCCGGAGUAAGUGGUGGAGGAAAUGUGGCUGGUGUAUCUGGUGUGGGCAUGGCAUCUCCAGUUGGCUGCGUUGAAUCUACCAGAUCAAGUGUGCAAGCAGCUGUUGUAAAUUUGGCGGCUGCGAUGCGCAUUAAUCAAGUUAGCCAACAACAAAGCGGGAGCAAUAUUGCCGUAGGCUGUAGCAAUAACAGUGCAUCAACUAGUGUUGCUAAUGUAGUCAGCAAUACGUCCAGUCAGCAGCCCAUGCACACGCAGCAUCAUCAACAACAACAUCAGACGCAGCAGCAACAACAGCAGCAGCAAGAAACCGCAGACAACAAUCAAACAUCGAUAUCAGGGCCAUUGACCCCUAGUGGCUUGCGUAUGAGUGCUAACUCGCCGAACACGAUAAUUCCAAAUAUACAAUCAGAUUCAUCUGCAGUUACCGCAGUCGUGACGAUGAACGCUAUGCGUGACUCCAUGAUGCGCAGUACUAUGAGUGUCGUCGAUCCGUUAAGUGGAAUGCAUCAGCAACAUGAUCAACAUAUUCACGGACAUCAUCAACACCAUACGACGAACAAUUUGCAAACAGGACACACGUCUUAUAGCCAGCACAGCGUUUCCGGUAGCAGCCAUCAAAGCCAACACCAUGUGGCUUCAGCACUACAGAAUGCCACAAUGCAUCAUCACCAUCAUUUGAAUCAGAUGCAACAACCGCACUCACCAGAUACUGCAUUACGUAUGCAGCAGCAUGCGGAAGCUAUACUUCGCUCCCACACGGAAGCGGCUUUUCGUUUAGCCGCAACCGUGGCGGCAUCCAACAGCGUCAUAGGAGGUAGUAGUGGAGCACAUGUAGCUGUAACAAGCGCGAAUGACAGUAAUAAUGACAAUAAUUGCGCUUCACAGAACAACAACGCAAUACAGGUUAAAGCCGAAGCCCAUCAAACGCCACAGCAACAACUAAUCGGAGGUGAUGUGGCGUUGCAACAACAACAGCAGCAUCAUCACCAACAUUUAUUGUCUCAACAACAGAACCAAAAGCUAAACACCAGUGUCAGCUUACAACAGCAAUCCACAACCGUAGUUUCCCAGCAGCAGUCACAGCUAACUUCCGAUCUUAGUGAAGCGAUACGUAUGCAGGAGCACCGGCUGGAGCAAGCCUUGCGGUUGCAUAACGACGCACGAGCGCUAAACUUUCUCACAGCCGCCCAACAGACCACCAAUAAUGCAGUCACAGCAGCUGUUAAUACUGCAAGUCUACAUCAUCAGCAACAACAGCAACAGCAAACAUCUACAACACAACAUCACAGCAGUGCGUGAAAACCAAUCAUUUGCGAUAACUUAAAGGUCGCCUUAGAUGUAAUUGCACGGAGCGAUACAUAUUGAACUAGUGAAUAUAGCAACAACAACGGAAAACACUUCGAGCAAAUCUAACUGGUUUAAGGAAAUAUGUACCAAAGACAUAAAGUAUAUUAGCGGUCUCAUCGAUACUUUGGAAAUCUAACGUCACUCACUCAUAUAUGUAUAUAUUGAUAUAUAUAUAUAUAUAUUUAUCAUGUAUUGCGAAGUUAUAUAUAUAUAUAUAUACGUAUAUAUGUAUAUAUGUUCGGAGCGAUUAGUAUAACCAUAUAACCAUGUAGAAAAAUGAAACAAUUUUAAAUUAGUAGUCUAUAUGAGCAAAUCAUACAGACAUAAAUAUAACUUGGUCAGGUAAAAUUGAAGAACUCAUAAUAAGGAAAGUAUUAAUUAUUGAAAAUACUUUCUUUGCGAAAUAAACAUACGAGGGAAACUUAA